UGUGCCUGUAAUCCCGGCUACUCAGGAGGCUAAGGCACGAGAAUCCCUUGAACCUAGGAGGUGGAGGUUGCAGUGAGCCUAGGUUGCGCCACUGUACUCCAGCCUGGAGACAGAGCAAGACUCUGUCGCAAAAAAAAAAUAAGAAAAAAAAAAAGAUUUAAACCACUAUACCAAUAUCAUUUAAUUGCUGGUAAUCACUGACCAGCAGACAGUACAAGAUUAUCACAGAUUAUCUUCUUGCAAAAGCCUCAAAUGCAGGUAUUCUGGGUUGCUACAGGUAGAUCUGCCUUCUGUGCAAAUUUAAUGUGUCUGAGGCAAGGGAGAUGAGCCCUAUUAUCAAGCACAUCUACAUCUAUCAGAAACACCCUCUAGGGAGUAUAUCACUUUGUUAGGACUGACUGUCAUGAUGGAAAAGCUACAAUACGGUUCUCAGGACAGUCAAGGUUCCUAGGUCCUAAUUCCAGACUCCCCUGAUUUGCUAUUUGGAAAAGAUCCUCAAGUUCACAGCAGAACUCAGUUUCUCAACUCAAUAAAAAAUAGCGCUGCACAAGAAGAGCUGCCAGUACAUAAAGACUUCAAAGCCCUUUGAAAUUAGGACAGUAGGGACCAAACAACAUUAGCAUUGGGCAUAGAUCACUAUUCUAGCUGUUAGUUGGCCAGGUUCCUGAGAGGAAGAUAUGGAAAUAUAUGACUUGUGACUCAGUGAUUUGGAUACUCCCCCCACUUGUUUAAAUGCCAAAAUUGACUAACAAGUUUGGGAACUUAAAUUGGAGAGUGAACAUUUUAAAUCAGAAACUCACCGGUCUAAAUAUAUUCAACUUCCCUACUACUUGGAUACAAGAGAUUCUUGAGUGAAUCUCACUGAAAUUUACAUUAAUAUACAUGGGCUAUAGAAAUCACAAUCUCCUCCUCAGAUACAAAAUAACCAUUUUUAGGGGCCAUAUGAGAGACUCCAAUAGGUAUAUCCAUCUCAUCACAAUGGAGACAAUUUCAGAAUCCUUUUGUAUGAAUAUGUUGUCUCAUAGGUCACUGGGCUGCAUGUUGAACUGAAAAAUGGCUAGCAGGGCCAGGUACACAGUAGAUACAUAAAUAUUUGUAGACUGAAUGAGGAAUCAAAUCAAAGAAUCAAAAUGACUUUAAAUAAAGCAAGGAGUUAACUUGCCAUCCAUUGCUCAACCCGCUUUGACACUAGAACAAGCCCUCCAAGCAAAACAGACAGCUGUGAUCUGGACAUAUGAUGCAAUGCAGGCAGCAAACGUUCACUCUGGACAAAUCCAUGUCCAAAUAUGACACUUAAUACUAACCCAGAAGGGAAACAGAAGCACUGCCCUUUCUACCCUUCCAUUCAUUUUUCCAACAGUGUUUCACCUGUGCCCACGUACCAAGCUGUUGCUAGGCUAUGGGGAGUCAAAGAUGAAUAAACCCAUGCAUCGUGCCUCAUCACAACUUAGAGGUGGGAACAGAAAAGAAAACAAACAGCCCUGCAGGUGAUAAGAGCCAUAUAGACUAAAGCCCAAAGCAACAGGGGCGACAAGUUCAGGGGUGUUUAUGGCCAUAGGGUCAUUUUCAAGUACCACGUUGUCCUGUCCUCUCAAAUUGCUCUAAUCAAAAGUUGGCUGAGACACUGGAUAUUUGGGAAAAUUAGCUUACAGAGUGUGGUAACCACUCAUUCCUCUAGGUUUCCUGAGCUUUAUUUCUGCAUUGGGAUUCGUCACCAGAAUCUCCACUGACAGGCCAUAGUAGAUCAGGCCCCCAACAACAAACGUUCUGGGUUACUUUUCAUCAUUAUGUCUUCUGCAUUUUUUUUUCCAUUCCAGAGUUGGUAAAAGACAGGACCAUAUAAAGAAUCUGACUUGAUUUUAUGUAGAAUUGAAUUUCAGAUAUUAUCCAUGAUAUAAUUCGAUAUUUCAUAUGAGUAUAUACUAGUUGGCAAGCACCAUGGCAAGCACUCUACAUGUGUCAUCCUUACAAGUUUAAUGCAUGCCACCUCCAGACCCCCUUUUCUCUGUUAACUUGGCUACUACUAAGAAGCUCAGAGCCAAAUUAAAUACUCUAAAGCAGUAAGCACUUAGGAUUGUAGUUUAAUUAUCUUCCCUCCUCUACAAGAUUAUGAUCUUUCUUCCCCUCCCAUUCUUAACAGUCUUAUUUUGUGAAAUUGUUACUAUGCAUUUACUCAGACACACUUAUGAACGUUGAUACUUUAGACACAAAAACAAAUCACCAUAAUCUUCAAUUAUAAUUUCCUUUUGCUUUCAAUUGGCAAGAGCUUCCGUGAAUAACUAAUUUGAAGAUAACUCCUUCGAUAUUAUGCUCUGGUCACUUGAAAACUCAGAUAACGCAGUAUUUCCCACGAUCAUUUGGUUCAGAAUACUUUUAAGAAGCGACAAAAGGGGCCAAAAAGAGGCUGACUUAACUAAUAACAUACGAUAACUAUCAGGUUAUUUUCAAAUCUAUCACCAAGGCCUAUUUAUUUCUAUCUUGUGUUGGAUCCUGACCAUUGCAUUUUGCCCCCUCACCAACCACCAUUUUUGCAGCCCAAAUUGUACCAGCAUGCACUGGUUGGUCCACUUAGGGCUGCCAUUGUCAGAGGCACUGCCAGGACCUGCUGAAUGAGAGGACACUGCUAUCACCCAGUGAAGUCUAGUCCCUGGAAUUUCACUCUUAGCACUGGCAAUGCUUCUGGAACUCAUAAAGAUUCUGCCGAAAUUCAGAGAGUUGAAGGUCAAUGUCUUCCGGGGAUCAAGGUAACAUGUCAGAAAAAUUCUGCUGCUGAGGAUUUCCAUGUAUUCAAGGCAAAUGUCCUUAGGAGGAACUCACAGAAAUAACUCUUUGCAUUGUCACUACACAGAAUGGAAGGCCAGCUUUUAUUUCAAAAAGAAAGAGAGAGAGAAAAAAAUAAAGAGUGAACCAUAAAAGCAUGGCAUGUGUGCAACACACACAUACACACACACACAAAAUAGAUCUUGGCAUGCCCAACUGGCACCCACUUAGGAUGCGUAGUCAGGCGUUUUUGAGAGCAUAAUAUUUGGGCACAAUCAUUAAUUUAUUCACCAAAGAUUUAUCCAGCACCUACUGCGUGCCAAGUAUUGUUCUAGAUGCUGGAAAAUAAGAGUGAGUGAGGCAGUCAAGAGUUCUGAGCUCAUGGAUUCUGUAUUCUAGGCAAGGAGACAGGUGAUCAGCAAGCAUCAAUUGAAAUGAACAACUGAAACUGCAAAUGCAAUCAAGGAAAGAAAAAGAAAAACAAAACAAACAAACAGAAAAACCAGUGUGAUGGGUCUGAAAAGGAAUGAGGGACCGCCUUUGCUCAAAUGGUCAGGGAAGGGCUUUCUAAGAAGGUGACACAUAAUCUUACACUAGAAUGAGAAGACCGACUGAAGAAACCAAUCACCUUUACUCUGAUUUCCAUCAAAAAGAUGGGCUUACUAAAAAAAGAAACAUGCAAUACCGUUUGUGGCUCCGCACAACUCAUACUUUAAACAACAGCAAAAAAAAUAAUAAUAAUAAUAAGGAAAGGAAGGGAAUCCACAACUUUCUGUGCUCUUAAGGCAAUUUUAAGAAAUCACCUUUCCCAAAGAUAAUGGAUUAAAAAGAAGUUGUCUUAAUUCAUCUCUAAUUAUGGCAGAAUUUACUAUGAAGAAACUGAAAUGAGAGACAUGGAAUAUUCACUCCUCUUCGUAAUGUCAGUUGCUUUAUGUAACAAUAUUCCAAUGUCAAUAAAAGUAUACCUUUGCAUUACAAUGCCAACAGGAAUUAUUCCACUUUAAGAAAACAGUUCUGUAGCUAUACUCAGUAUUAUUUACAUUCACCAGCUAUAAAAUAAACCCAAAUUGUAUUUACUAGCAGAUGGUCUCAUUUCCAAUAUAUAAUAAACCUCUGAGAUUAGGUAAAAAUAGAUUCUAUAUUUCUUUAACAUGCACAAAUAAUAAAUGAACGUUCGCCAAUGUCUUUGUAUAAAAUACUCCAAACAAAUCACUUGGUACUGAAUUUCUGCUUGUCUCAAUUAAAACACUUAGCCACCUGGCAUGAAACAUCCUAAAAACAUCAACUGCUUAAAAUACUUUGGACUGAAACACGUUUUUCAUUGUUUCCUAGCCUCUGACUGAUUUCAGAAUUAGAAAGAAUUAAGCAGAAGUGAAUUGGGGAGCAGGUCAGUCACUGAAUACUCAGAAUGAAUCAUGAACGCGUAUACUAAAAUGCAAUUCUUAUUUCUUUGCAGUGCAGUGCAUGCUAUACAUUCUUACAAUUUAAAUAAGCAUGCUAAACUAAGGCCAAAUAAUGUGACGAUUGCCCAACAGGUCUACAUUACCUAAUACAUUUAUCAUUAUGUAAACUGCUGUGCUUGAUAUUAAUACACUGUGCAAGGAAUGCUUAAUCUCUUGAACUUCCAAACAGGUCUUUAAAACUGAAUCUCACUAGUACCCAAGACCAAUAACGUGCUGAGGAAGAACGUAUUUCAAGUAUAUUUACUGAUUACACAGUGUUUGAAUCUUCAAAAAUUCUAAAUUUAUGUGGAGAAAGGAGAACGGAGAAUCUGAACUUGGCUGUUCAGGCAAACUCUUUCCUUUCUUUGCUUCACUUUAUGAAUUGUUAUGCUUCUAGAUCCUUCUUUUAAAAUUUUCCAUUUGGGGAAACUUGUACAUUUAACCUUAAAAAAAACAAAACAAAACAAAAAAACCUCAUCUCAUUUCCUCCCUCCCCCUCCUUAAAAUAAAUAAGAAGGCUUAAGAAUUAGCACUAAUAAUAAUCCCACAAUGGUCAUUGGGAAAUCCUCCCCCAAAGUGACAACUGCCGCUAAGAAGGGCAAAAUCCACUAAGAAUGAAAAUUCCCGCAAAUAAGUCCUUCUCUGAGGGGGUGGAGGUCACACAGCUGGCACAGCUGGUAUCACAACCAACUCGAGGCGACCCAGAGGAAGAUGCUGCGCCAAGAGAAGCAAAGCGAAGGAGCGCGACCCAGGAGGCUAGCGAAAUCCCCGCCGAGUCCCCAGGAGGCGGAGAGAAGCCCAGUCGCCAGGCACCGGCCACAGCGCACGCCAACAUUCAGGAUAAUUCUCCUUUCCAAGCCCCGGAGUUCCGGGGCAGGCGAAAAAGGGGGGAUGGGAGACCCACAGUCCCUUUAACCCUCCCCCCCGGUCUGCCAACCUUUUCCGAACCCCCAUGUCACACAACUUCCUCAUCAUGGAAACUUCCACUGGGUUCGGCGCUGAGGAUGCCAAACUCCAUUUCACAAGGAACAUGUCAACAGCUGGGCUUGGGGUUUGAGGAACAGAGCCGCUGCGAUUGGAACAGAGCCCGGCCACCCUGUUCCACCACUGUCCACGCCGUAGCUCCCAGCCUGCCGCCGCGCGGUGCCCGAACACGAGAGGGCACCUCCUCCCAGAUCCGGGGCGCAGAAGCCCCGCGGAGGCAGGUAAUCAGGCUGAUGACACCCCCACCACCCACGCCCGCCCGCCCGCCCGCGCGCGCUCGGCUUAGCCGCCCGCACCCCUCCGGGUUCUUGCGACACUCCGUCACCAUCCCGCCCACCCUGUGGACAGUUGGAACUGUCGCCCCCUCCUCCCCUCACCCCGCUGCCUCCGCGCGGUCCUCUAGCCAAAUUACCAGUGCCCUGGAGCCGUUAAUCCCCGCCGCGUCACGGCCGCCCGCCCGAGGAUGUGCGCCUUCCUUGGCCAAGCCCCGCAGUCUCCACCCUCCUCCGCCCCCUCCUCCCGGCGGCGGGGUCCCGGGGAGCGCCGGCGACUGGGCGUCGCGCGAGUCCUGCAAAAUGUCAACUCCUUGGGCGAAGAGAGGCGGCCGCAGCCAGGGCCGCGCCGCACCUCCCGGGUCCCUCCACUUUUAUAGGCGUAGGAAGCGAGUGUGUCUGGGGCACCAGAGUCCCCGCCUCUCCGGGUCCCCCGCGUGCCCGGCCCGCCCCGGCCCGCUCCCCGGACGCUGUCUUACUCCGGGCCCGGGGCGCCUGCUCCGCGCCGCGUCUGCGAACCGGUGA